CAGAGCUGCUCUCCCUCCCCCUCCCUCCCUCCCUCCCGUCUUCCCACCCGGACGGGGCCCAGGCCACGGAGCAGUAGCACGCCUGCAACACAGGACCGGCACAUUCUCCUGUAGGUGGCAACCGUGCCACCUGUUUGACCGGUGGGGCUGAGUCAAGAACUGGAAGAGGGAGGAGGCAGACAACUCGCAGAGGAGCUGGGAAGCAGUGCAGAGCAGAGAGCAGAGCUGCGGCUGAAAAAAGGGGCUCCUUUACAUACUCACAGUCUUCCAGAAACCCAUUCACAGUGACAGCGGCUAGUACACACGAGCGCCCUCAAGGAGGGUCAGCCACACAGCCACCCAGCCUGGCGGUCAGCUUGGUCUCUCAGCCAGCCCCAGAAGCACAAGGCCUUCGCCAUGGCCGAGUCCCCUGGCUGCCGCUCCGCCUGGACCCGGUGCCUCCACUGCCUGUAUAGCUGCCACUGGCGGAAGUGCCCCAAAGAGAGGAUGCAAACCAGCAAGUGCGACUGUGUCUGGUUUGGCCUGCUCUUCCUCACCUUCCUCCUGUGCCUGGGCUGGCUGUACAUCGGGCUCAUCCUUCUCAAUGACCUGCACAACUUCAAUGAAUUCCUGUUCCGCCACUGGGGACACUGGAUGGACUGGUCCCUGGCACUCCUGCUGGUCAUCUCUCUACUGGUCACCUACGCGUCCCUGCUACUGCUCUUGGCCCUGGUCCUGCAGCUUUGUGGACAGCCCCUGCACCUGCACCGUGUCCACAAGGUGCUACUGUUCCUCAUUAUGCUGCUUGUGGCCGCUGGCUUCGUGGGACUAGACAUCCAGUGGCGGCAGGAGUGGCACAGCUUACGGCUGUCACUGCAGGCCACAGCCCCAUUCCUUCACAUCGGAGCAGUCGCGGGGAUCACCCUCCUGGCCUGGCCUGUGGCUGAUACCUUCUACCGUAUGGACCGGAAAGGUCCCAAGAUUCUGCUACUGCUCCUAUUUUGCGGAGUUGCCCUGGUCAUCUACCUGGUACCCCUGUGCAUCUCUGCCCCCUGCAUCAUGGAGCCUAGAGACUUACCCCGCAAGCCUGGGCUGGUGGGGCACCGAGGGGCGCCCAUGCUGGCCCCUGAGAACACCCUGAUGUCCCUGCGGAAGACAGCGGAAUGUGGAGCUGCUGUGUUCGAGACGGAUGUGAUGGUCAGCUCCGACGGGGUCCCCUUCCUCAUGCAUGAUGAGCAGCUAAGCAGGACCACAGAUGUAGCUUCCGUGUUCCCGAGCCGAGUCACAGCCCACAGCAGUGACUUCUCCUGGGCUGAACUGCAGAGGCUCAACGCAGGGACCUGGUUCCUAGAGAGGAAACCAUUUUGGGGUGCCAAGCAGCUGUCCGGCCCCGAUCGCAAAGAGGCUGAGAAUCAGAUGGUACCAGCGCUAGAGGAGCUACUGAAGGAAGCCGCAGCCCUCAACCUGUCCAUCAUGUUUGACUUGCGCCGACCCCCACGGAAUCACACAUAUUAUGACACUUUCGUCAAUCAGACCCUGGAGACUGUGCUGAGUGCAAGGGUGCCCCAAGCCAUGGUUCUUUGGCUACCAGAUGAAGAUCGGGCUAACGUCCAACAACGGGCACCCAGAAUGCGCCAGAUAUAUGGACAUCAGGGAGGCAAUAGAACAGAGAGGCCCCAGUUUCUUAACCUCCCUUAUCAAGAUCUGCCACUCUUGGAUAUCAAGGCACUGCACCAGGAUAAUGUCUCAGUGAACCUAUUUGUCGUGAACAAGGCCUGGCUCUUCUCCCUGCUCUGGUGUGCAGGGGUCGACUCAGUCACCACCAACGACUGCCAACUGCUGCAGCAGAUGCAUUACCCUGUCUGGCUUAUUCCCCCUCAAACCUACCUAAUGAUGUGGAACAUCACCAAUUGCGUCUCCAUCCUGCUGUUUUUAUGGAUCUUCCUCCUGCACGGGAUUAGAAACAGACGUGCUACUAACCAGGAUCAACAAUUUUGCAAGGGAGUGACCCUGACCCACCUCUGCCUGCUCAAGCCCAAGGCCUGUCUGCAUUGGUCAACAGCAAGGGAGGGAGAGUGACUGAUGUGCAUCGUCUAGGGGGUACUGGGUGCCAGUUCCCCAGGGUGGGGAACUUUGGCAGCAGGAGACUUCAAACCAUGAGGGCUCUCUGCCAACCUGUCCUCCCUCCUCCCUCCCCCCUCCCCCCAAAGCUGCCACGGAAUCUGUUCCCUUUGGAGUUCUGACUGGAAGUGGUUGCAAAGACAAGUGAGUCAUGAGAAGUUUCUCCUAAAUGGAAACUAGAAUGAGGAAGUAAAAGGGAAAGAGAGUGCCAAGACGAUGUCUCCAAUUUUGUGUGCAAACAUUGUGGCGUAGAAGGUACAGGGUGUGUCGCAGUGGGUCAGCUGCGACCAGUGAUUCACGGAGAUGACAGGAUGGUGACACGGGCUGCCCUCCAUGCAUUGUCUCCCCUGACCUUCAAGGCGUAGCUACUUUCCUGCCUAGAGGCUAGGAGCUAAAGAGCCCAUCAAGCCAUGUAAUUCUGUGCCUACAGGUGGCUUUUUGCUGCACACAGACUUUCUUUAAGACAUGUUGGCUCCUGUAUCUUGCCUGUUAAUCUGUCACUCAAUGAAUUGAAUUCCAAUUUG